AUGUGCUUUGUGCUAUUGUGCAAGGCACUGAACAUCCCUACUUCACUCUCUGUCUUCCGGUUUUUUUAUGUGACUAUGAUCAGAAAAAGUUGGAUCUCCUUCUCCCUUUGUCGCGGAGGGAUCGACAUUUGCGAUGGUCUUCCUUCGUCCAUCAAGAAGUUGAAGGAAAAAAUGUUCUUUGUGGAUGCCUCCACCAUAACUACUCCUAUGCAUUUUGGGGAUUUAGCAAACCAGGAUACAGACCCUGCCCCUGAGUUGACCAUUGCUGAACAUGACGUUGUUAAGAGGAUAAUAUCCAAUUAUCUGGUGUGGUCCAGUCAUGACGAGUCAACUCUGAGUCUAUCUGAAUUGGAUUGUUAUUGA